CGGAGCACCUGAAGGCAUCUCCCGUCUCCACGACUACAUCCGGGACAUUUAACAGCUCCACAUGUCGGCAGGUUCAGAUGCCAAAGACUUUCUUGCAUGAGAAGAAGCUGUUUUAGUUACUCUCGUUUCAACGACGCCGUUUGGAAGAAGAGAUGGCGCUGAUGGGAGUUCAGCUUGUGGUCAGCUUACUGGCCGCCAGCAUAAUGCAGAGGAUGGCUCCACAUUGCUCAUUUGCACGCUGGCUCCUCUGCAACGGCAGUUUGUUGCGAUUCAAACACCCUUCAGAGGGAGAGCUGUGUGCCCUGGCAGGAAAGCAGAUGCCCAAACAAAACAGGAGAGACAGGCGGCAGAAUGGGGAGAAUAAGCCGCUCACUGUGCCCAAAGACAUUGACCUUCACCUGGAGAAAGCACCAGUCAACGUCAUUGACGCUCUCGUGCUGCGCUUUUUCCUGGAGUACCAGUGGCUUGUAGAUUUUGCAGUCUAUGCAACCGGAGUUUUCCUCUUCACUGAGUGUUACUAUAGUGUGGUAGAUGCCAGCAAAGAGGUUAAUAUUGGAGCCAUCUGGUGUGUCCUGACUGUUCUCUUCUGUCUAAAGACCCUUCACACCCUAAUGAGCCACUACUUCUGCUCUGAGGAGGGUGGUGAGCGCUCAGUGUGCCUUGCCUUUGGUUUUCUGUGUCUGCUUGUGGCCAUGCUAGUGUUGGUUGUCAGAGAGGACUACCUGGAGUUCGGCCUAGAGCCGGGUUUUUCCAGCCUCUUUGACAACUUGGAAAUCUUUGUCAAACAGCAGGGCUACGCUGACUGGUCAAUCCCAGUGACUAAGCUGACAGUGAAGCUUGGUUUGGCUGCUGUCUGUGCCUACAUCGGAGCUCUCUUGGCCUUCCCUGGACUGCGGCUGGCUCAAACUCACUUGGAUGCGGUGCAGAUGAACUCAGACCGUCCACUCAUCCAGAUUCUGCUGCAUAUGGGCUUUCUGUCUCCAGUCAUUGUGUUGGUUUUGUGGGUGAAACCCAUUGCAAGAGACUUCCUGGCCAAUGCACCUAUGGGAAAGACUUCUGUUACUCUAGUAUCCAGCGAAACAUUUGACAGCAUGCGUCUUUGGAUCAUCGUGGUGUCGUGUGUGCUGCGGCUGGGUCUCACCCGUUAUCACCUCCAGGCCUACCUCAACCUAGCUCAAAAAUGGGUAGAGCAGAUGAAAAAGGAGGCAGGACGUAUUGCUGCAAUUGACAUCCAACGAAAGGUUACACGUGUGUUUUGCUACCUGACAGUAGUUAGUCUUCAGUAUCUGAUUCCAAUUCUGCUCAUCCUAUUCUCAACACUGUCACUUAAGGCACUGGGGGACUUCUCCUGGAGUACAGGUGCCCAGGAUACCCCUGGUGUGACACCAGCAAUCAUCAUGCCCACAGCUGCACCUGUCUUGUCUGGAGCUCUAGAUGAAGAUGAAGAAGGGAUGGAGGACAUGGAGGAAGACAUCCAAGCUACAGUAGCUCGACUGUCAGAGACUUUCACAGCGCUGCGAUCUGUCCUCACACCGCUUUUCUACAGAGGGUUUUUUGCCUUUCUCACCUGGUGGGUGGCUGCCUGCCAGGUCAUAAGCUCUCUGUUUGGCAUCUACUUCCACCAGUACCUUAUGCAAAACUAACUAAGGAAAAUGGAGUGCCAUACUUCUAUACAUCCAGCAAUCAGCUCAUAUUAUGCUGUUGCACAGGAUGCCUGCAGACAGCAGAGGGGACAUUUCAUUAAAAUAGAACUGCAGCUGGAUUGCACCAUCUUUCUGGUUGUAACUGAUCAAGGUUGGAUGCUGUCUGUUGCAAUAUUUACUACUUUUUGACCUUGUAACUUUUUGAGACCAGCAGGACUCUGGCAUUAGUAACACACAAAUAUACAGAAAGAAACUGAGUGGGGUCUGCAUCACAAAUCAACGGUAGUUUAGUCCGCCUUAACAUGUAUCACAAUGCUAAUUCUAAAUUGGCUCAGUAAAAUCUGGGUUUAAUUGGCCCAGAAGGUGGCACCAUAUACCGAUACUGAUGAUAGCGGUGAUAAUUCAAAUGAAGAAAAUUAUGUUGCAUUAAAAAAUAUGUCAGCGCAGGUGUUAUUACAGCCUUAUAGUGCAGUGUUUCUACACACUGGUUAACGCAAAAGUAGUUGUCAGACAUUGGGGCAGUCCCUGCAGGUGGGGCGCAUACAACAAAGUGAAAAAUAUGAAGUGAAACUUAAAGCCCUUUUCUUUUUCUUUUUUUGUGUACUAUUUGCGUUAGAAGGGUCAACUUGCAGUCUUUUUAGGUGUGUAGCGUCUAUUACGCACACUACUGGUGUUGUGAAAUUCUGGUAGCGUUUAAUCUAACUUGAUAUGCAGUAGUAACCACCUUUCAUCCACCUUGUUCACGCUGCUGCCAAACCAAACUUUGUUAUCCACAAAAAUGAAGGAUACGUUUGACUGAGUUUAUAGUCAGUUGAUAUCACAUUAUUCUUACAGUGAAUUUAAUGCAGGCCGUGAUAGUCUUGUGAUGAAAUAUGACAGAGUUCACAUUCAGGUUCAAAACAUUCACCAGCAAGUUAAUUUGGAUAUUGCAUUGAUAAAACCUGGAAUUCUGCAGGAAUUGCCUCUGGAUUUAGAUUAACAAACAAAAACAAAUCUGAUUUGUUUAUCUGACCAAAAUAGUGCAUUUGCUUUAACUGUUAAUGAAUGGUGCCUGUAACCGUAUGCUUACUUGACAUGCAGCUAUAAUUGCCUCACCCUAGAUGAGAGUAAGACAAACUGGUAUACGAAUUGUUUAUUAAAACUCUUGUUUUAAAUGCAAAGUGCUCAGUAAUUGUCAGGAUACUGAAGAGUCCAGUUUUUGUUUUGUUUUCUCUUUUCCCAGAAAGACUUGUUAAAGUCUGUUUUCCUGAAAGGUAACCCUGCCUGAAGCAGGUUAAUCAUACAGUGUUGGUUACCAUUGUUAUUUACUGAGGCUAAAAUUGAACCAGCUUUGUGAUGAUGUUAAACCAGAGUUAAUCCCAAAUGCUGCUGGAUUACCUACGGAGCUCUCUUUGUGAUACAGACCCCAGUGUUAUCUAAUAACUUCUUUAAUAGAACAUUUUUCUGCAACUUCUCACAUGUAUCUAUGCCAGUGUUACUGAGUUUUGUUUUUUUGUUGUUGUUUUUUUUAAUUUUCAAAGGAACACUGUUAAAUGCUGCAUUUAUGAUAUUUGGAGGUACCAGGACAAGUAUGAAUAUUUUAAUGCCUGAGUAAUAAGACAUAUUUUUGUGAGGGACUCUUUGCAGUCCUUAAAGAACCGAUUCACGAGUGCUACUUUUUGAGUUUUAUUUUUUGGGGGGGAUUUUUUAUUUUUUAUUUUUUUGGUUUUGUGUUGUUUUGAUUUUGUGUGUAUGUGUGCGUGCGUGUCUUUUUCUGCUUCUUUUUCCUGUUUUUCUGUGUGGGCGUAAUUUUCAGAUCGAGCCUACUGAGUGUAAUGCAGUGUGGCUGUGUAUUAGUGUUUGAAAGCCAAACACCGUGGAGCUGUUGCUCUUUAUCUUGAAGUGCCUGGGAGCUCAGGGAUUUUGAAUGUUUUGAAAUCUCCUUCCUCCCUGUUCAUGUGUAUUUAGAACAAGCUGAUAUUCUGCAGUGAACACUGCAGGUACAUUUCUGUUUUACCCAUUAAUUUUCAAACACUACCCAUGAACAACAUGCUAGUUGCAGUGUCUUAAUCGCGUCUUUUACUUCAUAGGUUUUGUUGUUGCUGCCAAUCAGCCAUGUAUAUGUCAGACUAAUCAAAACCUUCUCUGAAUCAGUCUUCAUCAGUGUGUUUUAUUUAUUUUAUUUAUGAUACAUUGAUUAACUCUGUGGAUGGUUUUGAUCAUUAGUAUGUUUUCUUUAGAUGGCGUAUUUGAAUGCUCUGAUAUCAUUAUACUGUGAAGUUGAUAUGAAAUGUUCCCUUAGGAGAUUUUCUGAAUGCAUGUUGUGCAACACUUUGGCUGUAACCUGAUUUUUUUU